CUCGAAAGACUCUUGUCUACCAAAGACCCACCUCUCUCUGUUCAGGCUGUUCUUCCCUCGUACAUAUAUUUGGUGAUCUCGUAAUUUCAGAUUCAUUAUUCAUCAGAGAGAUAAGAGAUGUCUAUCGAGGACGAAGACGACGCUAACAUGCUCUUCAUUAAUGAAAGUUCAAGCGGCGGUCCACCUCCGUCACCACCAUCACGACCGCCCCGGGCACGUGGGCUUCUGAUCUCGCCACCACCGCCGCCACCUAUUGUAAUCCGGUCACUGCAUGUGUCAAUGAAACCAAACCCUAGGCUGCUCUCCUUCUUCCUCCAGGCCAUUGUCAUGGCGUUCGUGAUCUCACUAUUCUUCCUCUUUGUCGGCAUCGCUAUCAUCUUCCUCAUCCACAUCUGCGUUUCCAGUGGAGCCUUCCGCCGCCGGAGGCGGCGGCGCUCCCGUUUCCGUAGCUCAGGCGGAGAUGAUGUGAAAUUCUGUGUUGGGUUAUCGCCGGAGGAUCUUCAGAAGCUUCCCUGUUUCGAUUACGGGGCGGCCGCAGAGAAUGGGUUCAACAGUGAUUGCGCCGUUUGCUUGGAGGGGUUCCGGGACGGAGAGCGGUGCCGGGUUCUUCGGGGGUGUAAGCAUGUGUUCCAUGUGAAUUGCAUCGAUGGGUGGCUAGUAAAAGUGCCUGCUUGUCCAAUUUGCCGUUCUGGGGUCGAAUUGGGCUCGAGCUCUGUCCGGAGGAUUCCAGGAAAGUAAGGGCUAUCAGGGUCUGAGGCGAGUUCCUUCGCCGAUUUGUAAAGUUAUAGUAGAACCCUGGUUCAGAGGUUGAUAAAAUUUGUAAGUUUUGCCCCACUAUUUGGGUGUUUUUUUCCUGAUGUAGUUCAUAUAUUAGACAAUGUAAAUUUUGGGUUCACUUAUACACUUCUUUUCUCUAUA